GUUAGUUGCUUAGCGUCAAACACAAACAAAAUUCCGGCUAAAAGUGGGAGGCAAUUUUAAGUCGUUUCACUAUGCAAUUCACCCUAAUUUUAAUAGUUUUCGGACUAGUUUUUAUGCGGAAUGUGCGAACUAUUAGUGUAGAUGAACAUGGCUAUAUUCUGUACUGUCCUUGCAUGGGUCGUUUCGGGAAUCAAGCCGAUCACUUCCUGGGAGCACUGGGAUUCGCCCACGGGUUAAAUCGAACGCUCGUUCUUCCGCCAUGGGUGGAAUACCGGAAAGGGGAGGCAAAAUCGAUUCAAGUUCCCUUCGACCAGUACUUCCAGGUGGCAGCACUGAGCGAGUAUCAUAAAGUGAUAACAAUGGAGAAUUUUAUGACGCAGCUGGCUCCAGCGCUGUGGCCCCCCGCAGAGCGAGUUUCGUUCUGUUACACCGAACGAAUGGGACUCGACGGUCGUGUGAACGGAAGUUGUAACGCCAAAAGUGGCAAUCCGUUUGGCCCGUUCUGGGAUACGUUCAGUGUAGAUUUUGCCAAAUCUGAAUUUUUCGGGCCAAAGCUAAACUACGAUGUGUAUCACCAUGAUAUGGCGAGUAAAUGGACUGAAAAGUAUCCAGCUGACAAAUGGCCUGUGAUAGCAUUCACCGGUGCCCCGGCCAGUUUUCCCAUCCAGAGAGAAAAUCGUGAGCUGCACCAAUACUUGAGAUGGUCCGUUAAAAUAGAAAAUGCAGCACGCGAUUUCAUCAGAAGUUCGUUGCCCAAAGGAGCCUUUAUGGGAAUUCAUCUGAGAAACGGGCUGGAUUGGGUACGUGCGUGUGACCAUGUGAAAGAAAGUGCUAAUCUUUUCUCCUCCCCCCAAUGCCUCGGCUAUCGGAAUGAGAAAGGAUCCCUGACGUUGGACAUGUGCCUCCCCUCGAAGGACAUAAUUAUUCGCCAAAUCAAGCGUCAAAUAAAAAACCACAAGGAAGCCUACAAAAACAACGACAUCAAAUCGAUUUUCGUUGCUUCCGACAGCAAUCAUAUGAUUCACGAUCUCAACGAGGCGUUGAAACGGAUGAAUGUGACCGUCGUGAAAUUAUCGGAAAAUAAUCCCCACGUGGAUCUGGCCAUUCUCGGGAUGUCGAAUCAUUUUAUAGGAAACUGUGUCUCAUCGUAUUCUGCGUUUGUGAAGCGGGAACGAGACGCCAAGGGUUUCCCGUCCUCGUUUUGGGCCUUCCCCGCCGAGAAACACUCGCUCAAGGCUACGAAUGCUGGGCUGACGCACGAAGAGCUGUGAUGAUGAUGGCUUUGAAGCUAGCGCAAAGUGAGAUCAUUGAAUCAUUGAGCAAAUGAAAGACAAAAAAAAACAAGAUCGAAAACAAAACUAAAGUAUGGUUGUUUCAAGACUACUUGCGCGCGUGUGUGUGUAUUUGAUCAGAAGACUGUGACCGUGAUGAUUGCAACAUACGAUUGAUCUCGGUUGGCUCCCUUUCUCAUCGCCAUUCGUUUUAUUUGAAGUUUCGAAAGAGUUGCUGAGAGAGUACUGCUUGCGAAUUCAGGCAGCUUCAGGUAUUAAAUUUUUUUUUCUUUAUUUUUAAUUUACAGUUAAGUAUAGAUAUUGACAUUCUUGUAUCGACUACAUGUGUCAAGUUUCAUCACACGAAUGUGUCGAGAACAAGACAGGUAAUUCUUUCCUUUUUUUUGCAUUUGUACAUUGCAUUUUUUACGAAUUUUACUUGUAAGAAGGAAAUGAUUGAUAAAUGUGAUUCAACAAAUA